UUUCAGACUGUGGAAGCAAUGAGCUGGCCAGGAAGUAGGCCCUCCAGAAGCAGAGCGCAAGUCUUGAUAGCUGCGCUACUAUUUGGCGCAUUGGCAGAGCGGCUGGCUGCCUUCACGAAUCCUUGGUACGGGAAUGCACGCAGUGUGCAGUCAGCAAGAACAAGACCACAACUUCACGCAAGCAGUUCAGAACUACCAGACAAGUGGAAGGCAGGACCAGCAGAGGUCUACAGCGGUGUUGCCCAGAAAGCUGUUUAUUUGAUGAAGGAAAAUCCCACGCUGUUUGAUAUGACAGUGGAUGAAGAAUUGGAGAAGCUUCAAGAACAAAAAGAAGAGGAAGAAAAGCGGAAAAACGAAAUGGAAGCGAAUGCCAAAGAGGAUACACUUGUCCUUAGAAGACGCAUUGAGGAGGUCAAGAUGAACGAGCGUAUUCGUGCAGUGACUGAGCUGCUCUACCUCAAGGUGUGUCGAAAAUUUCAGCAGCUGCAAGUUCCACUGAUUCCUGCACUCAAAGAAGGCGGCGACGUUCGAUUUGGGAACAUUGACCUCAAGGCUUUGACCUCCGACAUUUACUCGCAAGAUGCACUUGAACUUGUGCGUGAGCAUUUGUUCCGGAUAAUUGGUCAACAAGGCAACCCAUCCUUUGCUGGAGGAAUGGGUGUUGUUCAGAUUGCUCUUUUUCAAGCUGGCCAGGUGUAUGCAAUGUCGGCAAUGUUUGGAUACUACCUUCGAAGAGUUGACCAGCGGUAUCAACUUGAAAAGCUUGCAGGGAACUUUGGCGCAUGGGGUGAGAAGGCUCCCGAGACGACUAGCAAUCCUUUCUCGCAGGAUCAAGGCGCUGCGGAUUCAUUGAAGGGGUAUAUCGAAUCUUUCGGAGCUGAUGAAGUUCAGAGCAUGUGGUCGGUGACCUCUAUGGAAGCUCAGAUGGCGAUGGAAUCGCAGGUCACUGCCCUUUUUGGAGAUUUGCGUGCCCUCAAAGACAAGCUGGUCAACGCAUUGGGUAUGGUGAGCUCGCCAGAGGAGGCGACAGCAAAGCUGGAACAGGCCAUCAAGUCCAAGGAGGUGGAAUCCCUCAGAUUGACAAGUGAUGACCUACGAAGAUUGGUUCUGGAGGCUGUUGCGUAUGGUUCCUUGCUGAACGAUUCUGAAAAGCAGUUCGACUGCAUCUAUGAGCUCACACCAGCUUCAACACGAAUCAUGGGCGUUUUGACCGGUGACGACGAUGAAGGCCGCAUGCUAAAUGAAUGAGCAUUGAGAUGCAUAGCUGCUAGCAGCCAGUAAAUGCUCCUAUAUAUAGUUUUUCACUUCGCACAAAUAGCCAAGCAUGGAGUCAGAGGCAGCGUUGUACAGCACCUAGUUCUCAGACGAGUUAUCCAUAGCCUCGGUACAGAUGGUCUCAAGGGCAACAUGAAAUUCAUAGUCCUUGAUCUGGCAGUUAGAGACUCAGAGACUCAAACUGUGUGUCAAA